AAUCUUAAAAUGUACAAUUCCGGGUACAGUCAGGCACAGAAUGAGAGAGGGAUCGGGCGCGAGAUGGGAUGAUGUGACAGGACGGACUCUUACGGAUGAUUUCGGGUGUAUCUGAGCAGUUGUGGUGGCAAGGACGCGUUUCGUUUCGACCGGGGAUUGAUUUUUUGUGAAUAGGGAUUUCGUCGCAGGCCUCGGACAUCUGAUUCAUAUUCAUCAUCUGAUCCAUUUACUGUGUGUUUAUUCGUGAAUUAGCGAGAUGAAGAGGGUUAAUAGUUUCCAGAGGUUUAUGAACACCCGGGCGAGUGCAAACUGCCGUUACCGGCCCACGUGUUAUGAGCACGCGGCCAACUGCUACACCCACGCGCUGCUGAUUGUGCCGGCGUUCGUGGGGAUGGCUCUCUUACACCGGCUGUCAGAUGACCGCUGGGAGCGGAUCACGGCCUGGGUCUACGGCAUGGGUCUGAUCGCUCUGUUCCUCGUCUCCACGGUCUUUCACAUCAUUUCCUGGAAAAAGAGCCACAUGCGGACCAUGGAGCACUGCUUCCACAUGUGUGACAGAGUCGUCAUAUACUUCUUUAUCGCUGCUUCUUACACACCAUGGCUCAAUCUGCGGGAGCUCGGGCCUGUCGCCGCUCACAUGCGCUGGUUCGUGUGGCUGAUGGCGGCCGCCGGGACCAUCUAUGUGUUUAACUACCACGAAAAGUAUAAGUUAGUGGAGCUGGCGUUUUAUCUGACCAUGGGCUUCUUUCCUGCGCUGGUGGUGACCUCAAUGAAUAACACAGACGGGCUGUAUGAGCUGGCGUUCGGAGGCUUGGUCUACUGCCUGGGUGUCGUCUUCUUCAAAUCGGACGGCGUGAUUCCAUUCGCUCAUGCCAUCUGGCACAUAUUCGUGGCUCUUGCUGCCGCCAUCCACUAUUACGCCAUCUAUGAGUACCUGUACCACAGUCCCUCGCUGGAGGACAUCAGGGAUGCUUGAGCACCACUCCUGCCUCCUCUUCCUCUUUCCUUCUCCAUCACCAGAACAUCUCAGCCGGAUGCUCCGAACACUCACAGUUUAACAGAACGACCAUGCAAUGUUUACGGUUUUUCUAACCAACUGGAAGCAGUCAAGUGUGUGUGUGUGUGUGUGUGUGUCCUGAAUGCACAUUUGCCACAGUUGCAACUAGACAGCAAUGUUUGUGUGUUUUCCCAUUUUCUUCAGUAUUAUGUAAAUAUAUUCUGCUGGAAGCAGAUGAAUUGUGAUUCUUUUUAAUAUGCAUUCAGUCCCACACUCACACUCAGUAGCAGUUUCAUAUCAACUGUAGUGAAUUACUUUUCUUUACUCGUGCAACUUUUGGUAUCAAAUCUAUAUUUUUGCAUCUCAACUCACUGGGUUUUUACUUCAGAUGUGCGUCUAGUUGUUUUCUACGAAUGCACUGGUGGUUUUCUACACUCCUGGCGUCUCCUUCCCCCGUGUUUCUGCUCUUUCAGCUCUUUUUUUCUAUGCUGCACUUUUCUAACAGGAAGAAGCUCGUCUCUUUGAUACUCCAUUUGUAGGCUGAUGGUGGAUCGAAACGAUGUUGAAUGCUUCUCUGCACAACAAGGCUUAUGAUGCUUUAGGAUGGUUUUUCUCACCGCCUGGACCACCUUAAAGACACACUUUGUGAUGCUUCUCGAUUUCAGCACAAUAUUCGAUGGGUUUUUGAUUAAGAAGUGUUAACCAAUGACAUUAGAAUUGUCAUGAAUGUCACAAUGCAAAAAAAAAAAAAGGGUUUUAGUUUUGAUUCGAAGUGAAAUAUGACUCUAAAAUGAUCUUUACAGAUUCAUGAAAUCUACUCGGAUAUUGACAGUGUAAUAUUGGCGAAUGAAA